AUGAAACAGUCGGAACAAGUGGAUGCUUAUUGUCAAGACUUGUUUAAAAUAUCGCGACAAUUGACUGGAUUUGCGUCGAAAAUAUCAGAAGGCGAUGAUUAUAGAGAAAUGAUGUCAUAUCAAGCUUUUAAUACCGCGACUGAGAAAACCCUAAAACACACCACAGAGUGUUUACAAGAGAUCAUGACACUCCACCCGAAAUUGAAAACUAAAAUGACAGUGAACGAAAAGGUUCGACCAACAGAUGAUGACGUCGUCUCACAUGUUGUCGACUUCUUGUUGGAAGUUGUUGAGCUUGAAGAGUUGGAAGGACAAAUGAGAGGGAAAAUCGAUACAUCAAAGUCAGUGACAAACAAACCACAAACGAAAUUCACAGACAAACCUGAUAACUUCGCAACGACAUACACCCCAAAGUGUCUUAAAAAGUAUCACUCGGAUUAUCCGGUGAACACAGUACCCCAUCCGUAUAUCAACGAAAUCAGAAAUUUACAAUUGAGCGAAUGGCAAAAAGUGCCUUGCAACCCGCAAGCCCCACUUUCAUUUGAAAACACGCCGCUGUUAUUUGUACAAAAUAUGGACGAAUUGAAUCGAUUAAUCAAAACCCUAAACAACGUUGAUCAAUUUGCAGUCGAUGUCGAACAUCAUAGCGAACAUUCAUAUAAUGGAUUUGCAUGUUUGAUGCAAAUCAGUACACGCUCUGAAGACUUUGUUGUUGAUGUGAUCACGUUGAGGGAUUCUAUUCAUUUGUUGAACGAACCAUUUACAAACCCUAAAAUUGAGAAAGUGUUCCACGGGUGUGACUUCGAUAUGGUUUGGUUAUCGUAUAACUUUGGAUUGUACGUAGUUAAUAAUUUUGACUCGGGACAAGCUGCUCGAUGUCUUAAAUUGCAACAUUUUUCACUCAAAUUCUUACUUGAAAAAUAUGUUGGUGUAGAGGCCGACAAAAAGUAUCAAUUAGCCGAUUGGAGAAUCCGUCCCCUCACGCAAGAAAUGAUCAAUUACGCAAGAGGCGACACACAUUACUUGUUGUAUAUUUGCGAUUUGAUGCGCAACGAGUGUUUGGAGCAAAAUGUGUUGUAUGAGGUGCAAGCCAAAUCCAAUGAACUGUGUUUGAGGCUGUUUAAGCCAACAAUUUACAACGACGCGGCCGUCGAACGCAUCGCGAAGAAGUCGUGGAUCAAGAAGUCCCAAUUUAAAGCGUUCAAAAAAUUGUUUUUGUUGCGAGACAAAAUUGCACGAGAGGAAGAUGAGAGUCCGCACUCAAUAAUGUCACAAAGUGUUUUGAACUCCAUAUUGUCCGAAGUCCCAACAGACUUUGAAAAACUGAAGAUGGCAUGUUUACCAAAGAUCCCAUACUUCGUUGAAAUGCACUCAAUGGAGAUCAUUAACUUAAUGAAAGAGGAAAUGGCUGAGGUGAAAAAAGGAGCAGAGGAACAACUGAAGACACAAACAACAGUGAAUGAUAGUGUAAAAUUUGUGGAGACUACACUGGAAGAUGGGUAUGAAAGAACAGUGAUACGAAGUACAAAAGAUUUCAUUAGCUUGUUUGACUGA